AAGUGCUUUGUUGGACCUUGCAAAUCCUUUUACAACUCUUUCAUGUCAAGUACUUCUUUCCGACUUCUUGGAAAAAACCCAAGAUUUACUAAAAUUACAUUUUAACCCGUAUAAUAAUCCAACUAAUGAUGUAAAAUCUGCUAUUAGUGGAGUUUCUCCUUUUCAAAUCACUGGUGGCGCAAUUCAGCCUUUUGAUAAUGAUGUCAGCUUUAUCGAAAACCUAUACCGUCAAGCGGCUGGUCAAUAUAAACCUUUUGAUAAAGCUUCUCAUAUUGCUGGAUUUCUUACUCCUUUUGGUUUUAAAGAAUAUGUACGUCAUAGAAUUCCUAUGAAACGUGUCAUUAAUGGUGCCUACAUCUGUUAUGUCGAUCCUUUAAAUAAAACUUAUUAUUAUACUACUCUCAUUCUUGAUGAAUUUCGCUUUAAAAUUCUAAAAAAUCUUUUAAUUUAUGAAAUUAUCUCUGGAAAAGCCGCUUAUAUUCACAGUGCAUUAUAUUUUUAUAUGAGCAUGUGUACUUGUGAAGAAGAUUUUAAUUUGAUGAAAGAGUAUGGUGUUAUUUCAUGGGGCUUUCCAAUGAAAGGUUAUGAAGAAUUUCGUGAAUUGAUGAAUGAGUUAAUGAAUAUAAUGUAUUGUUGGAAAUUUUCUAAUACUUGGUCUUGGCAUUCUGAAAUGGUUAAAAUCGCAAAAUUUAAGGUUAAAAAGCAAGAUUCUUCUAAUUGGUCUGACUUUGCUGCAUCGUGCUAUUCCAUAG